AGGAGACAGCGGCGGAAGUUCAACCCUUUGCAGAAGGCUCCUGUUGUAGCCUCUGAGCGACCCAGUGCCCCAUUUACUUUGGCACAUACGGCCCAGCAGCGGAGGAUCAAUGCACACCAGAUGCCCAGCACUCAAAGGAGACUCAAACCAGAUCAGAAUUUUCACAAGAAAGUAGUGCGGAUUCAGGCCACCAAACAGACUCAGAUCCCAACCACCCCCAAGCUUCCAGACAGGCUGGUGGGACCUGCUCCUGUCGUUUCCAUCCAAGUAGAGGGAAUCUACACUAAGGCCCUUUUGGAUACUGGAGCUCAAGUGACCCUUCUCUACCGAGACUUCUAUGACAAGCACCUCAAGCACCUGCCCUUGCAGAAGUUGGAAGAGCUGGAGAUAUGGGGCAUUGGCACUCAAAACUUCCCCUAUGAUGGUUAUUUACCAGUCAGGCUGACUUUUGAUCCCUCGGUGGCUGGGAAAACUGAGACUUUUGACACGUUAGCAGUGGUCUGUCCUCGCCCAGUAGGGGUCAGUACGGGUUCCCUUAUUAUAGGAACCAAUACUGAUCUGGUCAGAAGACUGUUGACGCCUGUUGUUCUGGAGUCAGACACUUCAACUACAAGUGUGCACCCCUUGUUGAGACAGGCCUAUCAGCGCCUGGUGCAAGAACAGAAAGCUCCAGCUGAAGGAGUGGGGAAGAUCUGGCGUUUGGACCGAAGGGAGAAGGUGUUACAGCCUGGUGAAGUGGCCUGUUUACAAGCGUCCGUCAAGUUGAACUGGAAGCAACCAGGCCCUUUCAUUGUCGUCGAGGCAGAUGGCCAGAGGAAAGGUUCGGGAGUAGAGAUAAUUCCUGAAGUUGUUUCAACUAAAGCGUUACAAAGAAGUCAUGGAAAAAUCCCAGUUAGUGUCUGCAACAUAACGGCCUUACCUGUGAAGAUGCCAGCACGGAUGUUGUUGGGACAAGUUAACCCAGCCACCCCAGUCUCACUAUCUGAUUUGGUGGGGGAAGAGAAAGAUGGGAUCCCUGCCAAGGAAUUUUAUCUGGAAAAUACUCCCCUUCCACCUGAAUGGAAGGAAAGGGCCAAGGCUCAGCUUCAGGGAUGGAAGGUUGCAUUCUCCAAGAGUGAAUUCGAUGUGGGAUGUGCAAAAAGUGCCAAACACCGAAUCCGUCUUAAAGAGGAUAAGCCAUUCAGGGAGAGAGUUCGACGGAUUCCUUUAGGGGACUUGGAAGACCUGCGUGAGCAACUGGCAGAG